CCAACGAGUUUCGAUUCUCGCGGCGGCGGCGACUCGUGACGAGCCGACUUGCCGGGGGCGAUCCGGCGAGGUGAGCGCCAACCACGCCCGCCACCUACUCGACAGAAUGCCUCCUAGCAGGAAGAAGCGCAAGAGUGCGCCGCCGGUGACCGCCACCGACCACAUCAGCGCCCUCCCCGACCAUAUGCUCCACCAUUUGCUCUCCUUCCUCCCAGUGCAGGCGGCCGUGUGCACGUGCGUGCUCGGCCGGCGCUGGCGCCACCUCUGGAGGUCCACCACAGGCCUGCGCAUCGUCCGCCUUGACGACGAUGAUGUCUUUGAAGUCAAAGACCUCCGGAAGUUCAUGGACCAUCUGAUAGCCCUGCGUGAGCGCACCCAGCUGGACACUGUUGAGAUCAAAUUCGAUCAAUUCGACAGUGAUGAUGUGCCCUAUGUGAACCUAUGGACCCGUUUUGCCGUGAUGUGGAAAGUUCAGGCGCUCACCCUUCAUAUCCUCGAGGAUGGUUACCUCCACCUAGACAACCUGCACCUUGUCUCUCAGCAUCUGGUAACAUUGGACCUUCAUUCUGUAGCCCUACAAAAGGCCUUUCUUGAUUUUGCUAGCUGUCCAGCAUUGAAGGAACCGAAAAUGAAUGAUUGCGAAAUCAAUGCUGAUAGGAUAUCAUCCCGUUCCCUGAAGCAUUUGAGCAUCACUUUUUGCCGCUCUGACUCAGAUUGCCGGGUCCGUAUUUCUGCUCCGGGCCUUGUCUCUCUAAAACUAGAAGGCUUUCAUGGUAUGACUCCUUUGCUUGAAGACAUGGCAUUGCUAGAAGCCGCAUGUGUUAAUCUUGGCAAUAGAUGCAAAGAUGUCUGUUUGAAUUAUGACUCUGGUGUUUUCUGUGGAGCUAAUGAUAAUACAUGUAAGAAUUGUGUUCCUAUUAGUGACGACGGCAGCAGCAAUUGUGUGCUUCUGGGUGGUAUCUCAAGUGCUAAACACCUCAAGUUGAUGUCUGAAAUAGGAAAGGAUGUCACUUGUCUUUUAACUCUUUUGUAGUUAACCCUUUUUUUGUGGUGCACUAUCUACGUAUUUAGUAAGUUAUGUAUAACCUCCAGUUGAGUGUUCUUAGAUCAGAUCUCACAUUCUCAGUUAGGAUUACUUAAUUUGGUUACCUUUUGUAUUUCUACCCAGUUCAUUUUCGCAAGAGAUCUGAAACACUGCCCUGCAUUUAGUAAGUUAAAGACAUUAGUACUCAGUGAGUAUUGGUGUGAGGCUCCUUACUUGGAUCCACUAGCAUGCAUUCUGAAAAACUCGCCAGUUCAAGAGAAGCUCACUCUUCAACUAUUUUCUGAGGGACCAAAUCAUGAAGUGGAAAUGGAAGGAAGCUACUGUUGCAUGGAGAGACCGUCUGCAAUAUCAGAGCACCUUAACAUAGUUGAAGUCAAAUGUAAUGUGGUGGACAAGAGGAUUCUCAAAAUUUUGAGGUUCCUGUGUGCAUUUAACAUACGAUUCAAUUUCUAGCAAAGGCAAGAAGACUUGGGUUGAUGGUUCAUAUGCCAUGGCUUGACUAUUCAGAAAUGCAAGGUUUAAGCAUAUAUGUCGCGAGAGUGUUUCCAUCUUUGUGUCUUUGUGCGCAUCAUAUGUGAGUUCUUUCCGUGUAUGGUCUGCAUCAUAAGCCUAUGAACUUUAUACCGCCCAGUUGGUUGUGGGGCUUGGUUUCCUAUUCCAGUUUUGGUUCAUGCUGAAUUUAUUCAGCUCUUGGACUGGCCAGUGCUAUCUUAGCGUUUCUUUUCGGCUUUGGUGCAUUAACUUGUUCUGUUAUGGGGUGA